AUGUUGAGUAUAGUGAUACAUGUUAGGAAUAGAAGAAUGGUGUCUAACGGAAGCUCACCUUCCCAUCUUGACGAUGCUACCGCAGCUCUGAUACUGCCAGGCGAAGUGAAAAUAUUUGCCCCAACCAAUGCUGUCUUUACCCAUCCAGCUAUGAUAGCUCUUGAAGCAGGCCGUACCUGGGCCCGGCAAGUGAUAAAGAGUGAAUCCAGGGAUUUUGCUGCCCUUCUAUGCGCAGAAACAGAUAAAAAACGUUUCGUCCAAUAA